ACUCACCUACCUAGAAGUAGCUAUAGGUAGAUUAAUGUUAAGUACACAGUGCUGAACGGCAGGUACAUAACUCACGGGUACCGAGCCGUGCCGUGAGAAGUUACGUAUGAGGCAGGUAUGGAGUGCGUAGUGCUUCUCACGUCUUAUCACUACCCUGAAAUCGUCAAUAUCUUUCAAGCAUCGCCUAGGUAUCUUGUAUAUGGAGAGUUCGAUAACGAACACCGACGCAUUCAUUCUUACAUUCAUUCGUAUACUAGGUUCUUGCCAAAUAAGAUUGGUAUUUGAAGAUGCGUUUUCUAUGUCUUCAUGGGUCAGGAACCAAUUCGCAGAUUCUUGAGACCCAGACUGCUGCUCUUAGGUAUGAGUUGGGGGAUCACCAUACGUAUGACUUUGUGGAGGGCACGAUACCAAGCGCAGUGGCCCCCGAAUUUGAUGGAUUAGUUUCUUCGAAAGACGAAUUCUUCUCCUAUCUUGAUCUAGAUGAUCGAGCAAACUAUCUAUCAAUACUGGAAGAUCUCGAUAAUUAUAUCUCCGAAGAAGGCCCGUUCGACGCUGUUUUGGCCUUUUCCGAAGGAGCUAUGAUUGCAGCCACCUAUAUCAUUUGGAAGGCAAAGCAAACCCCCAAGCAACAACGAAUGGCCCCCAUCUUCAAGUGUGCGGUAUUCUUUUCAGCAUGGGAUGCCUACGAUCCUGAUCUUCUCUCAGAAGGAGUCCUUCGCCCUUUGAACCCGUCGGCUGACAGGGACUUAAUUCGUAUGCCCACGGCCCACAUAUGGGGAGUAGGCGAUGCUUCGUCCACCAAAGCCUCUAAUGUGAGUGAGAUCUGUGUUUCGGAAACGAGACAAGUCUAUGUUCAUCCCGGAAGCCACGAAAUUCCGGGAGCUAGGAUGAGCUCUGCCGUGAAGUCGAGUGUCAGAAUUAUCCGUAGGGUCAUUUCACUGGUUAGAGAGAUUGAUAAUCAGGCUCUUCGGAUGGUAGAACGAAAGAAUUAGGUCAAUAAUACUUUACAAUCUUAACGACCCCAAAUGAAAGAAGUGGUACACUUUGUAGUUAAUACGACAACCUAUUGCCCGCAAUGAGACUGAAACUUAGCCAUCCCCAAAACAUCGUGGGCUCACUCAACCCUGAUCGGAUUCCUUCUCCACAUCAGUGCUAUACUGAGAACAGAUGUAACUGCAAAUCCAAGUACAAUAUGCAUUUCGAGAUUGAAACCCUUAACAAAUGUGCUUCUUACGGCGGGCUGUAAACUUUCCGGAAGCUGAUAAAUUGAGGAUGUCGACUGAAAAACUUGGUCGAUUUGUGAAGACGUCAACGAGCUGGAUAAUUGGCCUUUUACCCACCCAUUACCAACUGCGGUAGUGAUAGAAACUACAAAAGCACUUCCGAGGAAGCGAAAUUGAGUGCCAGCUGCCGAUGCGACCGCUGUUGUUUAAUGCUUAGCCUUAUCACUAUAUUCCUAGUAGUUGAAGUCGAUACACUUACCUAAGUCCCUUUUCUCCGCCACAUAGGGUGUUAGCAGUGUUACUAUUCCUAUGCUAAUACCCAUUCCUAGACCGGUUAGGACUUCGAGCCCAUACAGAGGCUUCCAGUCGGGAUUAUCUGCAGGGCCUCGGGACAUAAAAAUGAGCCCUAACAUCUGCAAUAUCGACGCAGCGAGAGCCAAGUACAACGGGGGGACGCGUCGUUUCUUU